CAGUACUUCCCAGGUGACCUGACAAACACGGCUGUCAUCUGUGGAUAGUAAAGAUGGCAGGGAAUCAGAAUUACACUAUAGUAGAAUAUUUCGGCGGCGAUGAUGGUUACCGUUGUGGCUACUGUAAAAAUGAAAAGGGCAACUUCUCUCAGGGGAUGUGGUCUCACACCAUGACAGUGCAAGACUACCAAGACCUAAUAGACCGAGGAUGGAGACGAAGUGGGAAAUAUGUUUAUAAGCCCAUAAUGAAGAAGACUUGCUGUCCACAAUAUACCAUCAGAUGUCAUGCACUGAAAUUCCAGCCUUCCAAAUCCCACAAGAAAAUCCUGAAGAAAAUUAACAAAUUCAUUUCCAAAGGGGAGUUGCCUAAAGGACAGGAAGAUGGAGAGCCAAUGGACUCUGUGUGUGAAGAGGCUGCUCCACAGGAACCCAGUAAAGUCUGUCAAUCAGAAGUGACGGGUGCUGCUAUCACAGACAUUCAGCACGAAGUAGCAGAGUGUCCCACUAUCACAGAAGUUCACAAAGAAGUAGCGGAUGCAAAACCUACAGGCUCACAAACCUCACCAAAGGAUCCAGUUUCUGUCCCAGAUGGGAGAACGGCAGCUACGGCUCCUAAACCAGGCAUGGGCGCUGAUCCUAGCAGGCCGCCAUGCAGGAAGGCUAAAGACUUGAGGAAGGAGCGGCGUCUUCAAAAAGAGCAUACGAGACAACAGGGCGAUGGGGUCUCCCCUACAAAUCCCACACCCACCCAAAACAACCAGCCUAAAACCCUGGAGGAGUUCAUCUGUGACUCAUUGCCAGACAGUCCCUCUCAUCACCUUGAGGUGAGGCUAGUGCCGGUCAACUUUGAGGACCCUCAGUUCGCAGCAUCCUAUCAGCAGUCGGUGGCACUGUACACCCGUUACCAGAUGGCCAUUCAUGGUGAUGACCCCAGCGAAUGUAGUGAGAGUGAGUUCCGGAGAUUUCUCUGUGAUUCACCACUGGAGGCAGAAUAUUCUCCAGAUGGGCCUGAGGUGGGGUAUGGCUCCUUCCAUCAGCAAUACUGGCUGGAUGGACGCAUUGUGGCAGUGGGAGUGAUUGACAUCUUACCUAACUGCGUGUCCUCCGUCUACCUGUACUACCACCCUGACUUUGCCUCACUCUCUUUAGGCUCCUAUUCUGCUCUCAGGGAGAUCGCUUUCACCAGGCAGCUGCAGAAACAGUCCCCCAAGCUGUGCUACUACUACCUGGGCUUCUACAUUCACUCCUGCCCCAAGAUGCGGUAUAAGGGGCAGUACCGGCCUUCAGACCUCCUGUGCCCAGAAACGUAUGUCUGGGUACUGAUAGAGCGAUGUGUACCCCAGCUUGACAACUCCCGCUAUGCUCGUUUGAACCAAGACCCUGAUGCUGGAGACACUCGGGCAUUGAAGGAUGUGGGCCGAGCGCUGGUGCUAUACAAACGGACGGUCAUGCCCUACGCAGCCUACAGCCGCAAACGGAAGGGCUCCAACGACGAGACGGAGGUGCAGCAGUACGCCAGCUUGGUUGGCCAGGACUGUGCUGAGAGGAUCUUGCUCUAUCGCUCCUAAACAUGGAGUGUUCCUACCACUGCACCUUUUUAAUAUGAAGUAAUACACACUUCCCAGAAUGUUUGUCUUUUUCUGUCUUUUGUGUCUCUUGGCUCUCUGUAAAAGCUCUCUCUGCUGCCUCUCGCUGUAGCUUCACUGUGCUUACCUCAACACAUGUAGGAACAAUGUAGUAGAAAGUCACUAUCUGCUCUUAUAUGUGUACCCAAACACAUAAUUCAGUUUUCUUAGGGUUUUUUUUUUUUCUUCUUCAUCACCCAUCCUGUUUGUUUGUUCACAUUGACUUGCUACAGGGACUGCUCCCCAAAAUAUUAUGUUCAUACAGUGUGUUAAUCCGCCACUUUGAAUUUUUUGCACCAUCAACUUCUGUUCUGCUUGAAUCCAGAUGUUGUAACAGAGCAUCUUGCUUCAGGUGAAAGCUUUCAUCAUCGCCUCUUUAUGUUCUGUCAUGAAUUAGGUUGAAUUCAUUUGCUUAUAUUAAAAAAAAAAAAAAAAAAACUUCAGGCUGUCGUGUACUACAUCACAAAAUUGUAAAGAUUUUAUCACUUGAGUUUA